UGCUUAACUCUUGAUGGGGUUAGAUUGUACUUAACUCGUUGACCUUUUGAAGAACAGAUGCAUAGAAAUCAUACGAAAUAAAUUUCUUAUCUCUUCAUCUCUGAGAGAGUGUUUGCCAAAAUUCUGAGCAGAACCAAAAGAAUUCAAAAAUGGCUGAGAUUAUUCUAAGUUACGUUGUGGAACAAACUCUUGAUAGAAUCCUGGCUCUUGUCUCCAACGAAAUCGAGCUUUUCCGGCAUGUCGGUGACGAGCUGGAUCGCCUCAGAAACUCACUGGACGAAGUUCGUGACAUACUGUUACUUGCUGAUCAAGCCAAACAGGCGAAACUUAAACUCAAGAGUGUGAAUCGUUGGCUGCAUCAGCUCAAAGAUGCUGCUUAUGAUGCUGAAGAUGUUCUUGAAGCUGUAAUCUAUGAGGAUCUUCGUCGAAAAGUAGAGAGCCAAAACCAAGCAACUAAGGUAUCCCAUUUUAAUCCACUCCCCAAGAUCACUCGUUUUACUAAAAAAACUAUUUUUCGCACGAAAAUAGCUCAUAAAAUCAGGUGUGUGAAUGAGUUGUUGGAUAAGAUUAUAAAUGCCAGUGCCUUUGGACUUCAUGUAAUCACUAGAGAAAGAUCACAAAUCGACUUUAACCGAGUUACUGACUCUGUACCUGAAAAUCCUAUUCUUGGAAGGGAUGGUGAUGUGUCCAAAAUUGUUAACUCGUUGACUGGCGUUUGUGAUGAGGAAGUUCUUGCUGUCAUUCCCAUUGUGGGAAUGGGCGGUCUUGGAAAGACUACGUUAGCUCAAUCCAUUUGCGAGAAGGUAAUGGGGAAUUUGUUUGAUGUAAAGAUUUGGGUGUGUGUUUCUGAUAAUGCUAACGACCAGAAAAUUCUGGGGGAGAUGCUGCAAACUCUUAAUGGAGACAGGGGCGGGUUAACUAACAAAGAGGCAAUACUUCAGCAGCUUGAAAAGGAAUUGGAGAGGAAAAGAUUUCUUCUCAUUCUUGAUGAUGUGUGGGAGGAUGUAUCUACUUGGUGGGAUAGUUUGAAGACGCGUUUGUUGAGAAUCAGUCGCGAUAAGGGAAAUGCCAUUAUUGUAACCACUCGUAGUGAGGAAGUGGCGUCUUUGGUGGAGUCUUCUUGUGAGCUUAGGCAUAAUUUGAAUUUGUUGACUGAUGAUGAUUGCUGGUCUAUUAUUGAGGAAAGAGUGAAAGCGAAUGGAGAAAUGUGCAUUUCUUCAGAUUUGGAGGUGAUUGGGAAGGAGAUUGCAAGAAAAUGUGGAGGAGUACCCUUAGCUGCAAAAGUUUUAGGGGGGACAUUAGGUGGUCUUGAGAGGGAAAAAGAAGCUUGGGAGUCGAUUAAUAAUAGCACUGUUUUGGAUGCAUCUGAUCGUAAGGAUAAUGUGAAGUCAAUACUAAAACUAAGUUUUGAUCAUUUACCUUCAUAUUUGAAACAAUGCUUUGCAUACUGUUCAAUUUUUCCUAAAGAUCAUUUGCUUGAAAAAGAAGAAUUAAUUCAGCUUUGGAUGGCUGAAGGUUUUGUUCAGCCAUGUAAUACAGAUGUGGGCAACAAGUAUUUUAAUGCCUUACUCUGUAACUCUUUCUUUCAAGAUGUGGAAAGGAAUAAAUACGAGAAAAUAAUACGCUGCAAGAUGCAUGAUCUUGUGCACGAUCUUGCAAUGUCUCUUUCUAAGCUGGAAGUAUUGACUUCAGAUAACUUUUCAUCGAGAGAUGAUUUGUCUUGCAUUCGCCGUUUUAAUUUAGAAAGUCAAAAGGCAUUAAAUUCAAGUGCGGUUCAUGCUCGAAAAUUACGCACCGUCUUCUUAUUGAAGGAUAUGGUCCUUGUUGAGUCAUGGUGGAAGUUGAAAAACUUGCGGGCUCUAAACUUGAGAGGCGCUGUGAUUGAAGAGUUGCCAUCUCGAAUUGGCGAUUGUAAGCUCUUGAGAUAUCUCGAUGUCUCAAACACUAAAAUUAAAGCGUUGCCUGAGUCUAUCACCACUCUUUAUGGUUUGCAAACUUUGAGAUUCCUUUAUUGUCGGUCACUAACGGAGCUUCCUAGAGAUAAAAUGAGGAAUCUAGUGAGCUUGAAGAAUCUUCAAUUUUCCAAGGAUGAGCAGAUGCCGAGUGGAUUGGGGAGGUUAACUUGCCUUGAAAGCUUGCCAUUUUUUGCUGUGGGUAGUAAUUUGGGAGGGAGCAUUAAAGAACUAGAAAGCUUAAAUGAACUAAGAGGGGAAUUGACAUUAAACCAUCUCGAGAAUGUUAGAGAUAAGGAAGAAGCCGAGAAAGCAAAUCUAAAGAAGAAGCAGAAGAUAACAUCGUUGAUAUUUGAAUGGACUUGUGUAGAAAAUAGCAGCAAUGAAGACGUGUUGGAAGCACUGGAGCCUCAUCCAAACAUUGAGAGAAUAGAGAUCAGGUAUUAUUCGGGUGACAAAUUUCCAAUGUGGUUGUUAUUGAUGCAAGUUCCCUGUGAAGGUGGUAGUUUCACGCUAUUUAAUAACUUGGUGGAGCUGAGAUUAAAUUUGUGCAGUAAAUGUGAACAAAUCCCAAGCCUUGGUUAUCUUCAAAGUCUUAAAUAUCUCGAGAUAAGGUGGAUGGAGAAAAUAACAAUUAUAGGCAAUGAAUUUUAUGGCAUUGAUAUUGGUGGUGGCACAAGCAAUGGGCAGAGACUGUUUCCUGCAUUAAAAAGUAUCGAGUUAAGUUGUUUAUAUAAUCUAGUUGAAUGGAGGGCACCGGAGCUAGGUGACAGUAAGGCAGCUGUUGUUUUUCCUUGCCUCGAAGAGUUGAGCAUCGAACGUUGUUCAAAAUUGACAAACAUCCCAAUGCAAAGUCUUCCUCUAUCCCUCCUAAAACUGAAAAUUGAAGGGUGUGAUCAGUUGAGUUAUUUAUUUGACGAAAUCCAAUCAUUCACUUGUCUUCAAAGUUUGACAAUGUUUGGAUGCAGUAAAGUAACUCGUCUUCCAAGCGCGCUGCAAUCCUUCGCGUCAUUGGAGGAACUGACUAUCAGUGAUUGUAUUGGUCUGACAUCUAUCCCCGAUGACAUGGGGAGAUUGAAUUCUCUCAUCUCUUUGACAAUUCAAAAUUGUAAAAGUUUGAGUAAUUUUUCUGAGAAGAUUUUAGGCGGUCUCACCGGAUUGAAGAAAUUGACAGUUGGAAAUUUCUCAGAGAAGUUGGAAGAUGGCUCUUAUAUGAACUCAAUCCAAAACAUUGCUUCUCUUGAAGGAUUAUCAAUAUUUGGGAAAAAUCUGAAGUCUCUGCCACAUCAAAUUCAAUGGCUCGCUUCCCUCAACCAUUUCACUAUACAUGAUUUUGAUAAAUUGGAAGCUUUGCCAGAGUGGUUGGGCAAUAUUUCCUCUCUUCAGUCCCUUUUUAUUUAUAAAUGUUCCAAUCUGAAGAGUCUACCGACAGCAGCAGCAAUGAAACGCCUCUCCAAAUUGAGACGUGUUGGGAUUUAUAAUUGUUCUGCAUAUCUUAUGGAAAGUUGCAAGAAGAAGAGUGGCUCUGAGUGGGAUAAGAUUUCUCAUAUUCCCUACUUCAGCUUCGGUUAAUUUUGUUUAUUUUCGUAAAUCAGGUUCAUUCUAUUAAGUUCAACUUAUGUGUUAUGAUGAAAUGCUGUGUUUGUUUUGUUGGAUUUAAGAGAUGGGUAAACGAAUAAUUUUAUUUAGCUUAUGAUAUUCAAGUUGUUGAAUGUUGACUCUUAGGCAUAUGAUUAUGGUUCGAUUUAGUUUAGAAUUGGCCAUUGCUUAUAUAUUUAUCAAUGUUGUAUCAUGACAAUAAAUAUAUUCAAAUUCAUUAAUAUAAUAAUGGCAGAACCAAAUUUGUUUGUGUUCAUGCACUGUAAAGCAGGGUAGCAGAAGGGGAUGUAAAAAAUUUCAAACCAGUCUGAAUUAGUUGAUUUGGUUUACUUUUUCGGUCUGGUUUGGUUCUCGGUUUACUUAAACUGAGUAUGCAAAAAUAAUCUGUGGCCAUAUGCUGUAGUUUCUAAUUCUUAAAUCGAUCUCUGAAAAUAUGAAAUGGUGUGCAAUUGUUGUGAGGCAUCACUAGCUUACGCUCUGACCCGAGUAGCAUGGGGCACGUGGAAUCCCGUGUGAAGGUCUGAAUUAUGGAACUGGAAACAGAAUCAAAGUCAGCAAGUGUGGAAUUGAUAGCAAUAAAAGGAAAUGUUUAAUUUGUUUCGAGACGUUGUUGAUGAUCUAGCAAUGGAAACAAGCCGUACGAGUAUUUGUGUAAACAAGGCUCGUUAGGUGUUUGAAAAACGUCAUCAAUGAAAAUAAUAUUCAUUUGAGUGAUGAUUGUAUUGGAUUGUUGGAUUGAUGUUGAUUCCAGGUAAAGAUGAUGAGAAUCAUUUAUUA